AUGAUCAAUAGCAGUAACAUUGACGAUAGCAAGGAUAAGAAAAUUGUUACGCAAGCAUAUCAAGUGGUAACACCUAAGUCUCCUAAUGAAGUAACUUGUACUAAUCUAACAGAUGUUACUAUGUCAUCUUAUUCAACUGAAUCAAAGAAAGAUAAAUUAGAUAUUACUUCUGUUGAUCAUUUGUCCACUUCUUCUUCUUCUUCUUCCACUUUUACAACUACUAUUGAUACUAACCAUAUUGAUAAUACUAAUAAUAUACAUAGGUCUUCAAUACUAUCAUCUAGAGAUAGUGAGGAUAUCGAACGUCUAAAAUAUGAAACCGUUAAAAAUGAAUUACUAGAUAAAUUAAAUUUACAUAUUUUGUUAAGUUUUAAGAAAAGGGAUACAUUGAAAAGGGAAUUAGACAGAAUCCAUGCUCAAGCUGUCCUGUUGAAGAAGCUGCACGAGGAUAAACAACUUUUAUGUAAAAUUGAAAAAGUCAAAGAAAUUGAAGUUAAGAAUAGAAAGGAUUUAAUUAAAUCAUCUAUUACAUUUUUAGAUACUUCGAAGAGCAAUCGUUCUCAUUCACAUUCUUGUACUUCACUUCAAUCUACACCAGGACAUUAUUACCACACUAGAAGUAAAAGCCAAGGAAAUUUAUUGAAUGAUUCUUUUUGGAAAGAUUGUAUUGAUAACCCAAUAUUAACUUCAAAAUCGACUAGACGUGGGCAACAAAAUUCAAAUAAAAAUGAUCAGUAUCAUAAUAAUAAAAAUAAUACCAGUAAUAAAAAUAAUAAUCAUGAUAUAUUUGAUUCAAUACAAACAAAUGGGGAAAAAAAUCAAAUCAAUAAAACAUAUUUUAAAGAAUAUAAUAAUAACCCAGUAUUCAGGAGGCAUGAUGGAAUCCUAGUUCUACUUACUUGUUCUAUAUGUGGAAGACAAGGGUUUAUAGCGCCUCAAGGUAUUGCUAUACAUGUUAGAACUAAGCAUCAUAAGACAUAUACAAAUCAAAAAAUGGCAGUAUUAAUGAAUCAAUGGCUGCUUCCUGAUGAUUUGCAAGAUAAAAGAAUAUUAUCAAAAUUUAAAGGUUUGAAUAUUGAUCCCAAUGUAACAUACUUGCCCAUGGAAAGUAAUUCUAUUGAUAAAAAUGGUUAUAAUAAAAAUAAACCUAAACAGAAAAGUUUAACUCAUUUGUCUAAAAUUGUUUCAAUAUCAUCUUCAGAAGAUAAUAUAAGUAUAAAUUCACAAAAUGAUACAUUUACUGUUGAAAGACAGAAAUAUAAGAUAAAUUAUCUAGAAAAAUUUUGUAAUAAGGAUGAACUUAAAAAUUUAGUUGAAAUAAUGGAAACUAGUAAACAAGAUCUUGAAGUGAUUUUACAAAAUCAAAAAGAUAAUGAAGUUGACGAAGUAACUGAAUAUAAUAGGGAUGAGGAGGAUAAAGAUUACGAUAUUGCAGAAGAUGUUUUAAUUGAUGAUAAGAAAUUAGAUAGUAUUGAUGAUACGGACUAUGAAGUUCAAGAGAGUCCUCUUUCAAACAUAUCUAGUUCUCCUAUAAAAGGUGCAACUACAGAUAAUUUAUCCAUAGAACUAGAUUCUAGUUCUUCUAUGACUACACUUGCUUUUAGAAGACAUUUAAGGAAAAGAAGAUAUAAUAGUCGUGGUUCAUCAGAGGAAGAUAAGGACUCUAUUGUUUUUUCAUGGAAAGAAAGAUUAAGACCAGCUGAGAAGAAGCCAAGACCUGAUAUGAUUGCAUUAACAGAAUUGCCAGAAUAUGAAAGAAGGUCAAAGCAUUAUAAUCUUCGUGCUCGAUCAAAACUAAGGAGUUCUAGUAUUGAUGAUGAUUUUUGA